UGCCUCGUUGCUACAGAGAGAGCAAGAUGGGUCACCAGCAACUCUACUGGAGCCAUCCGAGGAAAUGCAGCCAGGGUUCUCAUUCUUGCUGUGUCUGCUCGAGAUGCCAGGGUCUGAUCCGGAAAUAUGGCUUCUACAUGUGCCUCCAGUGUUUCUGUCAGUUCCCCAAGGACAUAGGCUUCAUUACGUUGGACUAA